UAGUCAUUGCAAUGAGGGAAAGCCCUGCAGUUUUCGUGGUACUUAUUUGAAUGUUUCUUUUACAGGUAUGGACACUAUACGCACCGCAUAUAUUUGAUUCGUUUUUUUUCUUUAAAGUUGUUUAAAUUCUUGAGAUGGUGAAAGUUUCGCGUUGCUAACUCACGCUAACUGAGAACCGUUGAGUGACUUGACAUUCUUACUGCUGGAGGAUGGACCCUGUAGUGCUGAGCUACCAGGACAGCCUGCUGCGGCGUUCCGAUGUGUCCUUACUGGAAGGACCUUACUGGCUUAAUGACCAAGUCAUUGGAUUUGCCUUUGAGUAUUUUGUGGCCGAACGCUUCAGAGUCCUUGGAAAUGCCAUAAUUUUCAUCAGCCCAGAGGUCACCCAGUUCAUCAAGUGUUCUUCUUGCCCCGAUGAGUUAGCUCUUUUCCUGGAGCCGCUGGAUCUCACAUCUCGUCGCUGGGUCUUCCUGGCUGUUAAUGACAACUCCAACCAGACAGCCGGAGGAUCCCACUGGAGCCUUUUGCUCUAUCAUCAUAAUUCAAACCACUUUGCACACUAUGACUCUCAAAAUGGCAGCAAUUCCAUGCACGCACGGCGCAUCGCCAGCAAGUUAGAGCCUUUCUUGGGUGCAGGGAGAAAAGCACUGUUUGUGGAGGAGCCCUGCCCAUCGCAGCAGAACAGCUAUGACUGUGGCAUGUAUGUUAUCUGCAUUGCUGAGGCCUUGUGUGAGAAGAUCAGGUUGGAGGGUUCGCCGCGACUUCCUGUGCAAAUCAUCACACCAGCCUACAUUACCCAGAAGAGGGCCGAGUGGUGCAGACUGAUCCAGAGUCUGGCUCAGAACGACCUCUGCUGCUCUCUGUCUUUCCCUUAGCACACAGACUGCUUCUCACUAUAUGCAGAACAGCCAUCGGCCACCACAUAUCUACUGCUGGAGAAUCUGAAUGCACUCCUUGAAUAUUGCGUAUAACUAUAUGUGAAAUAUAUUUCUAUUCUAAUCUCCAUUAUACUCUAAAAUAAAAACAAAGCAAUGUUGGAAUCUGUAAUGCUUCAGAAAAGAGUUGGUGUCGCGUUUAUUCAGGUAAAUGCAGAGCUACAUACAGUAUGUAAACAAGAGCACCAGCAUGCCUAUAAAACUAAACUCCCGUGUAAAUGCUUAAUGAAAAAGGAGAAUAUGUGGCGUGGAACAGGAAGCACUGACCUUUUUUCCCCCAUUUUCUUAGUUUGGAGCGAAUGUAGAAAUGUUUACACAGAUUAUUGCUCAGGGUCAUUUUCAAUGAAUUGACAAUAAGAAUGUGCAUAUUAACUCUGGCUCCUACUGUGUGUCACACCUGUUGUGGUAAUUUUGUUCCUCACUUUGUGUUGCAGAUACUUACAUUUUGAAAUGGAAGAAAUUUUGUGCUGUGAGGGUGAGGCUUGUGUUGUGUGUUUAUGGGACAAAGGGUAAGUUGAGUGGUGGAAUGUAUGUUAUGUUCUCACAAAGACGAUCAAAAGGAUCUAAUAAAUGUGGCUGCUGCCGCGUGUUUGUGGGCAAAAGAA